GUGGCAGCUUGCGCAUUGCAAUUCUUUCUUUUCAAUCUGCAAUUUCUUUCUUAUUUCUUUCCUUAUAAAUCCACUUGUACUAUUCUCUAAUUUUACACAUACACACAUCACGUUAGUUCUCCAGAAUGAAACUCUUUUUCGGCGGGUCCAAACCAAAGGCCACGCCCAAGGAUGCAAUCAUCACGCUGCGCGAGAACCUGUCGAUGCUCGAGAAGCGCGAGUCACACCUGCAGGCUAAAGUCGAAAACGAAUUGCGCCUCGCGCGGACAAACGCGACCAAGAACAAGCAGGCAGCCCUGGCGGCACUCAAGCGCAAGCGGCUGCUGGAGUCGCAAAUUGACAAAAUAAGCGGGUCACGCAUGACGUUGGAGACACAGGUGAUGGCGAUUGAGGCAGCCAACGUCAACUUGGAGACCAUGAAGGCGAUGCAGAAGGGCGCCGAGGCCAUGAAGGGCAUCCACAAGGACCUGGACAUUGACAAGGUCGACCAGACAAUGGACGAUAUUCGCGAACAGAUGGACCUAGCCAACGAGGUGUCCGAGGCCAUUUCGCAGCCGCAGAUGUUUGGCGCUGACUUGGACGAGGACGAGCUCAAUGCCGAGCUGGAGGAGCUUGAGCAGGAGGAGCUCGACAAGCAGCUGCUUAAUGCUGAGCGCGCGCCCGUGUCGCUCCCGAAGGUGCCGUCGGCUGCGGUUAGGCAGCCAGGCAGGGUGCCUGCUGCUGUUGCAUCGUUCAUCGACGAGGACGAGGACGACGAGCUGGCCGAGCUUCGUGAGAGCAUGGGGAUGGCCGCUUAAGCGCAUUUAUUGAAUGCGUGUCGCACUCCUUUUCUAUGACCUUGCCAUUUCCGUGUAUUUCUCUGGGGUAUGUAUAUGUGUUGCGUAUCCGGCUCCGGCUCUCUUACUUUCAUUAAUUACAGCAUGCGGCCUCUUCCUCACUAAUAAAUGCGU